UUGGGCCCAGUAUUUAUCUGCGGAGGAGACUGGAACUCCAAGCACACUUUCUGGGGAUCAAGACUGAUCAACCCUAGGGGCAGACUGCUAUAUAAAGCCACUCUAGAUCUCAAUCUCGAAUGUAUCUCGCACGGAGAACCAACGUACUGGCCAACGGACUAUAACAAAGUACCAGAUUUGCUAGACUUCUAUAUUUCAAAGAAUCUUGGGCAAAACUAUUUACAGAUUGAAAAAUGUGAAGAUCUGUCAUCAGAUCAUACUCCAGUCAUUUUAAAUAUUUAUAAACAGGCCAUUUUCCUUAAGCCACUCCCCAAGAUCUACAACAAACAUACCAACUGGGACCAGUACAGAGAAUUUAUACGUAGUAACAUUGACCUAAACAUAAGUCUAAAGACAAACGAUGAAAUCGAAGCCGGCGUUGAAAAAUUCAACAGCAUUGUACACACGGCUGCCACCGUUUCCACUCCUAAAAAUAGGAAAUCAAAAACAAAACAAAAGGAAUACCCCAGAAACAUAAUCGCAAAGGUCAGUGAAAGACGCAAAUUAAGAGGAGAAUGGCAUAAAACUAGAUAUCCUUCCGAUAAAUCUCAGCUAAACAGGGCAACGAAGGAACUAAAAGACAUGAUUAAAGAGCAUGAAAAUCGUUGUGUACAAAGUCAUCUAUCUCAACUCACAUCACAAAAGGAUACAAAUUAUUCACUGUGGCGCGCAACCAAGAACCUUAAGCAACCAAAAGACCACAUCCCGCCUCUGAGAAAACUUGAUAGAAGCUGGGCUAGGACUGAUGUAGAAAAAACAACAGCAUUCGCAGUACACCUAGAAAAAGUAUUUACACCACUACCUUGUUCCAACCCCGAUAAUGACGAUGACAUAGCGAAUUAUCUACAGUCUCCAAAUCAAUUAUGUCCCCCAUUAAAAGCAGUAAGUCCUAAAGAAAUAAACCGGGAGAUAAAAUGUCUUUCACCCAAAAAAGCUCCGGGGUACGACCUAUUGGACUCCGUGCUGUUAAGCAAUCUUCCGAGGAGUGGCAUAAUAUAUCUUGUUACACUCUUCAAUUCAUCUAUAAGACUCUCCCACUACCCGGGACAGUGGAAAAUUGCUCAAGUAGUAAUGAUCCUCAAACCUGGAAAGCAGCCGGAAGAAGUCUCAUCCUACACACCAAUAAGUCUCCUUCCGCUGGUGGGGAAAUUGUUCGAAAAAGUUAUCCUCAAUAGAAUGCAAUCUCAUCUGAAUUCUAUUCUUCCUGGGCACCAAUUUGGAUUUCGACAAAGGCAUGGAACCAUUGAGCAGGUUCACAGAUUGACAGACACCAUCGGUUAUACGCCUGAAAAUAAGAAAUAUUGCUCGGCUGUGUUUCUGGAUAUAAGUCAGGCAUUUGAUAGAGUCUGGCACGAUGGCCUCUUAUUCAAGAUCAAAAAACAGCUGCCGCAUUCCUUCUACUUUUUACUGAAAAGCUACUUAAACAAAAGAUGCUAUGAAGUUAAACUGAACAACACCACGUCUGAUCUGUUUGAAAUCAGAUCAGGGGUGCCUCAGGGGAGCAUAUUAGGGCCUAUACUGUAUCUUAUAUUCACUGCUGACAUCCCUGUUGAUGAUGAAACUUUUAUUGCCUCAUACGCUGAUGAUACUGCAAUAAUAUCAGUUAAUGCCAACCCAACAAUCGUAUCAGCACAUCUCCAAAAACAUAUUGAUGAGAUAGAAAAAUGGAUGAAAAUAUGGAGAAUAAAGGCUAAUCAAAGCAAAUCAGUUCACGUCACCUUCACUUUAAAAAAAGGCGACUGUCCACCAAUUACACUGAACGGAGAAGAAAUCCCACACGAUAGUGCCGCGAAAUACCUAGGUAUGCAUCUGGAUCGGAGGUUGACCUGGCAGAAACAUAUCUGGAGCAAAAGAAAAGCCCUGGACGCAAAAUUAAUAUCUAUGUAUUGGCUGAUUGGCAAAAAGUCUCAGCUAACAAACGAAAGCAAAAUAGCAGUUUACAAAAAUAUUUUGAAGCCAGUAUGGACAUACGGCAUAGAACUUUGGGGAACAGCAAGUAAUAGCAACAUAGAAAUCCUGGAAAGAUUUCAGACUAAAGCUAUUAGAUCUAUGUUCAACAUUCCAAAAUGCAUUCACAAUAAAUAUAAUCUGCACGACUUGAGGCUAAACAUUGUGAAACAAGAAAUCGCUGCUCGAAGCUUAAAAUACCAACAAAAAUUUACUUCACAUGUUAACGCUCUGGCUGCUAAAUUAAUGGGUUUUGGAAGUACCGUGUACACAAGACUGAGAAGGAAUAGCGUUCCAAAUCUCGUGAAACGAUUUACCAAAGAAUAG